CUGGCCGCCGCGCCUCCAUCCCAUCCCGGAUCCAUUGCCGCAACGUCAGCGCCGCCGCCUCCUCUUUUCCUCUUCCUCCUCCGCCCCUCUCGCUUCCCGGCUUCUCCAGUCGCGGUUCCCGGAGUGGGUACCGAGCCCGGGGCCGUGGGGUGCCAUGCUGCCCGGGUGGCGGCGCUGAAGCAUGGCGACGCCCGUCCCUCCGCCUUCCCCGCGGCACCUGCGGCUGCUGCGGCUGCUGCUCUCCGGCCUCAUCCUGGGAGCGGCCCUGAAUGGUGCCACCGCCCGCCGCCCGGAUGCUCCCACCUGCCCUGGAAGCCUGGAUUGUGCACUGAAGAGGCGGGCAAAGUGCCCACCAGGGGCACAUGCCUGUGGACCAUGCCUUCAGUCCUUCCAGGAGGACCAGAGAGGGGUCUGUGUGCCGAGGAAGCACCAAUCUUCUGGGGAGGGCCUGCCCCAGCCCAGACUGGAAGAGGAGAUCGAUUCUCUGGCCCGGGAGCUGGCACUGAAGGAGAAGGAGGCUGGGCACCCAAGGCUCACAGCACAGCCCUUGCCUGAGGCUGCGCAGAAGCUCCUGGAACCUGCAGCUACCCUGGGAUUCUCACAGUGGGGCCAACAACUGGAGCCUGGCCUCCCCUCUACUCAUGGAACCUCUUUGCCCACACCCCACACCUCCUUGAGUGCCCGGGCAUCCUCUGGGCCUGUGCAGAUGUCCCCGCUGGAGCCUCAGGGCCGUGGAAAUGGCCUCGCCCUUGUACUGAUCCUGGCGUUCUGCUUGGCGAGCACAGCCGCACUGGCUGUGGCAGCCCUCUGCUGGUGUAGGCUUCAGCGAGAGAUCCGCCUGACUCAGAAGGCUGACUACACUGCCACAGCCAAGGGGCCCACUUCACCGACAACACCACGAAUCUCGCCCGGGGACGAGCGUCUGGUGCACAGCGCUGAGAUGUAUCAUUAUCAGCACCAGAGACAGCAGAUGCUGUGCCUGGAGCGGCAUAAGGACCCUCCAAAGGAACUGGAGUCAGCCUCCUCCGAUGAGGAGAAUGAAGAUGGUGACUUCACCGUGUAUGAGUGCCCAGGCCUGGCGCCAACAGGGGAGAUGGAGGUGCGCAAUCCACUGUUUGACCAUUCCACGCUGUCAGCACCAGUGCCUGGUCCCCACUCCUCACCACCACUGCAGUGACUCCUAGGCUGAUGCCCACAGCCCACCGGUGGGGACAAGCAAGUCCUGGUGUUCCCCAUGGAAAAGAACAGCAUCGUGACCCUCUGCAUGCUUUUGGCAGGAGGGAGGCACCAACCCCUGGGCUCCCUAGCCAGGGAGAUUCUCUGCCUUAUGUGGGAGAUCCAGCAUCUGCUUGCAUAUUCUCUGUCUGGUCUGAACCCUCAAACUGGAGAUGCAAGUCCAGGAACCCUAGAGCCCAGGCAUGGAUAGAGAGUUCUGGAGAUAAAAGCCAAUUAAAGUCUUUUUCAAACCUGUGA